CAUCAUGGCACUCGGGCUUAGGACUAUAUAAGCAUCCAGUGCUUGCUUGAAGAAAUCACAUCCUGCAAAGUCUCAAACACAAUGAAGGGGUUGGUGAUCCUCGUGAGUCUCGGUUUUCUGGCGGUUUCGGUCGCCGUUCCCGAUCGGCUUGGCGGGCAUCAUAACCACCCUCCGCAUGCCCACCCGCCACCCCAGAAUGGUUACAAAUUACCACAUCCACCACCCCUGCCUCCUACGUAUGUGCCCCCCACCAAAACCCCGCCUUCACCUCCUCCUCCCCCAACCUACCGGCCCUACACCACCGCCCCUCCCACAACAUACCGGCCCUACACCACCGCCCCUCCCACAACCUACCGGCCCUACACCACCGCCCCUCCCACAACCUACCGGCCCUACACCACCGCCCCUCCCACAACCUACCGGCCCUACACCACCGCCCCUCCCACAACCUACCGGCCUUACACCACCGCCCCUCCCUCAUCCCCUCCACUGUCGACCUACCUACCCCCCACCACUGCCAAGCCCCCACCCUAUACAUAUGGGCCACCUGUCACAACAACAGAGAAGCCGAAGUACUGGUUUGAGUGGGAAGUAAACGACCAUUAUUCCGGCAACGAAUAUAACAUGCAGGAACACCGUGACGGAGAAAAGACCGAGGGAUUCUACAACGUUUUGCUUCCCGACACGCGAGUCCAGAGAGUCACUUACACUGUCGACGGCGACUCCGGUUUCGUGGCUGAAGUUACUUACGAAGGAGAGGCGAAGGAACCUACACACGGACAGACUUAUCUUCUUCCUACUCCUCCUACAUCUCCUCCUUCCAUCUAUGAUGCUCCUCAUUAUUCUCGAUAAGCUUCUCUCAGAGUAUUAAUAUUCUAGCCUUACCAAAAGAAACAUGAACGAUGUGAAUGACAGACUAACAAUCAUCAGUGAUUUCCUGAUGUAAUCAGAGAACUGAAAUAAAGUUAUUGGCUGUUUUAAA